AUGCCGACGUACGGAAAAUUGCAUGAUAUCCAUGGCUUUCGCGGACGGAGAACUGCUUGGGAAGUAUACCAAAACAGCGUAUAUGCCGAACUUUACGAGGCGUACGCCAAAGGUUCCUACUCUAAAGCCAUCGAGUUGCUCGAUAAUUAUGCCUCGACCUUUGUUAACGGAAGCAGCAAGAGCAGGGAAGGUGAUAAGGACAAGAGAGACAGCAGCAACAGCUUUAGCACUGACAAGGACGACCACAAGCAAAGAAGCGAUCGUAGCAGUGAGAAGGAUGCUGAUAGCGAUAAUAAUGCCGGUAAUAACAGCGACAGUAACAACAAGAACAAUAGACACACUACCAAAAACGUUCUUAGAGUCAAUCUUACCCAUACAACAAACACGCACGUGCUUCUCGUACGCGCUCUGUGCUACCAACAAGAACACAAAUGGACUCGCGUCGAGUCUCUCUCAACCGAAAUUAUUCGCCCAUUGUGUUUCGAGGCUCAAUGUCGUCAGAAAACAACAACAGACGCGAGUUUUUGUCUCAUUCUCGGACUGUGGCUUCGAAGCCUAGCCUAUGAAGAACAAAGGAAAUGGGGCCUUGCACUCAAAGAUCUCGAACACAUAAAGACAUUAAUUCAGAACAAUGACGUAAUACCAUUCUAUUACGAUGGAUUGCUUUCCCCCUUUCUUCGCCAUAUGGCUCCUCUCAUAUCUCGUCUUCGAGUAGAUACCAUCAACUUUAAUCUUCAUUGCGUGACUGAUCGGUUGCGUCGAGUCUCGGAUAUGGUCGCUAAGGAAGAUUAUACCAACCUUUCUCAGGCAUUCGAACUGGUCGUGGAAGAUAAUAAGAGUUAUCACGAACUAGCAAAGACCUUUCAUUAUAGACUGUGUCUCAAGAGACCUAUCCAUCCCUACAUUCAUCUCAACAUGUGGUAUACAAUGGAUUUGAUGUUAGUGAGCGAAAUUGGCCUUUACAAAAAAGGAGAUAUGGAUAAAGUGGAAGGAUAUAGUCUUGACUGUGAAGUCUUAAACAUCCGAUCAGGAAAUGACAAUAACGACUUUUGCGUUGAGGUACGACCGCUGAGUGAAGAGGCCUGUGAAUGGAGCGAACUGACGAACAUCCAAUGGCCAGGUAUUCAUGGAGGCAAAGGAGGACUAGAAUUUAGAGUUGUUUCUAAAAAAUUAACCACCAACGACGAUUUUUAUAAUCGGCAGUGUAACAAUUGGCGGUAUCUUCACAUAUAUCCAGUUGCAGAGAUGGUUAGAAAUGAUGGACAUGGUAAAGACUCUUUUGAAAGUAUAAAUCGAAUAGAACAUUGUAAGAUUGUACCAUUAUUAGUGGGACCCAUUGAGAUUGGGCAUUGUUAUCAACACCAUUCAUCCUGUGCGCAUCAUCAAGAACCGCUGGAUGAUCUCGGAGAUGAAGCCAAUUUUACUGAUGAUUCUUUAUCGAACUCUUCACCAGAUUCUCAUUCACCAAAUUCUUCUUCUCCUUCGUCUCCUUCGCCUGAUAGUCCCCAGUUUGAUUCUCCGACCUCUUCAUCUGGUUCAACCUCUGCGUCUAGUCAACGUUCCUGGAUAACAGACACGUACCUUAUCAACAACUAUCGAGCCUUUUCACUUCCACACAAGAAAACUUUUUUAAUUCAAGAAGUUUGGGAUGGACGAGUUUCUGGAAAAGUCUGGGAUUCGGCAUUUAUUGUUUUGCAGUUUAUGAAGGAUAGUUUCAUGAAGGAUCGGUCAUUUUUAUUUGGUAAACGAAUCCUAGACUUGUCAACAGGAACGGGUUUAAUAGGACUAUAUCUAGCGGCUUUUUGCAGCGUGAUGGCACAGCAUGAGACUACCGCAAAAGUUCCAAAAACCAAUUUCGUUUUAACGGACCUUCAGCAUGCUCUAAAGCUGAUAAAUAAAAAUCGGUUGUUGAACAAGUAUCUAAUUAAUGAAGCUAAAGUGUCAACCGAGGUUGUGAUGCUUGAAUGGGGCAGAGUUAACAAAGCAAAGAAACUUGGAACGUUUGACAUUGUGUUGGCGUCUGAUGUUGUAUACGAACCAGAACUGUUUGAUGUUUUGAUUGGGACUUUGUGUGCUGUUUGUACUUCAAAUCAUACAAAAAUAUACCUCGGAUACAAGAGACGUGCGUUAUCGGUCGAGGAAGAAGGACGAUUCUUUAAAAAGCUCGCCAGAAAAUUCAAAGUAUCCUUGGUUGAUGGUAUUGCGACAGUGACGAAUGAGCAAAAGGUUCGGAUUUAUGAGCUUAGACGGUAA